AUGCCAACGACGUACACAACAACUGCCGCUCUUCUUAUGCAUCAACACAUCGCAGCUCUAUACUACACUAUUAAAAUGGACAGCCAUCACAAGCACGAUGCCUCCAAUAAGGCCCAGGAAUUGGGACAUGCCGCCAAGGAGAAGAUGCAUGAAGCUGGACAAGCUGUCAGGAACGCCGCGGAAAGGGCCGGCGAUAAAGCUGAAGAACUAAAGCAUCAAGCUGGUAAUAAGUUACACGAUGCAAAAGAAGCAAUUACGAAGCACUAA